UGUGUGGGAAUGAGGUUGUUUACCAAAGGGGAAGAUGGAGGAGAGGGAGGCCAUGAGUCUGGGAAAAGCGGGGAAACUCCUGGGGACCCUCAGGGUCUGCUCACUAAUUGUGUCCAUCCACUUCCGGGGAGAGACUGCAACCGCACAGACAACAGACUGUAUCCUUUCCAAUGGGAUGAAUUACAGAGGAGAUCAGCAAAUAACAUCACAAGGACUCAAGUGUGUAAACUGGAUGCAUAGUAAGCGUGAUUAUAACUUGACCCUGUAUCCAGACAGCAACACAGGGGUAGGAAACCACCAGUUCUGUCGAAAUCCAGAUGGUGCAGAUGGGCCCUGGUGUUAUGUGAAGACCUCAAAUGAAGAAAGACUGCUUCGACAAUCUUGUAGCAUUGGAAGCUGUAACAAUACUUCUCUGCAUGGAGAUCUUAAUGCCACAACAGUGGAGGCGGAAACGGUGAAUGUUGGAUCAAGUGCUGGUCAGAUUAAUGCUGAAGAUAUAUCAGUCUCCUCCAAGAGCAGCCAUAAUGUGAAGCAAUCAGUCAUCGGGAUUAGACCACCUGUGAGGCAGACUGCUAAAGAGAAGAAGGAUCUUGGAGUUUUGGGUCAGGCUUUGGCGAUUGGAAUGAUGACAAUUCUAAUAGUGUUAGGUGUUAGCAUCACCUUGGGCUACAUCUACAAAAGGGGACGAGACUUGAAGAAAGAGCAGGAGCAGAGAGCCAAUGAGCGAGAAAUGCAUCGCAUUAUGUUGCCAUUAUCAGCCUUCUCCAACCCCAAUUGUGAGCUUAUUGAUGAAAUAACUCUGGUAGUUGAGAGCCCUCAGACAGAAACUGAUGAAGGCCAAGAUGAAGACAGAACCAGCCCCCUUGUAGGACCAGCUGGCACUCCUGGGGCUUGAUGUUGGAUGCAACUCAACCAAGAAAGCUCAGUGAUGUGCAUUUCAGGCUUCCAGUCAGCAAUUGGACUGUAAACAGAAUGUGAAGUUGAAGCCAGUGCCAUCAAUAAACUCUCUCUGGACCGAGUACUCAGUCUGAGAACUGCCAGGGAUGGUACAGCAUCUAUAUCAUCUGCGGUGUGCUCCAAGCCACAUCAUGAUGCUGGCGUCAGUACAUGAAUACGAAUUCAGCAUUUAUUACUUUGAGACGGUAAUUUGGGUGAUAGCUGUUUGUAUUUGAAGAGCAGCCAAUAUUGCUAAGCAAGCAUGCUCAGUGGGGUCUUUUCUCCAAUAUCCACUUAUAGCAUAUGCCAGUUUAUUGGAGGGUGAUGCCUAAAUGUGUAAACAGCCUGCUUUAGAAUUUUAAAUACUAGUUAACUAUGUUUAAUUCGAAUAUAAAGAUUUUUCAGAAAAUGUCAA